AUGGUGGGCAUCUACUUCCUGCUGGCUGUGGCAGCCCUGCUGAUGGGCUCUAUACGCCUGCUAUCCAUAGGCUGGAGGCCAAAAAAUUACCCCCCGGGCCCUCCUACCUUGCCAAUUUUAGGCAAUCUUCAUCAGAUGCCAACAAGGGAUGCUCACUUACAAUUCGAGAAGUGGGCGCGCGAAUACGGUCCAGUGUAUAGCUUGAUGCUCGGCACCAAAGUGUUGAUUGUGUUGUCAAGUGACGAAGCUGUGAAGGAACUUCUCGACAGAAGAAGCGGCAUAUACUCGGACCGAUUAGACAUGUAUAUUGGCCAAACCCUGUGCAGUGGAGGCCUCAGGCUGCUUAUGAUGGGAUAUGGGCCGGUAUGGAGGGGAUUCCGCAAAAUGAUCCAUGGUCUCCUCAACGUCAACACAUCCAAGUCUUAUAUCCCAUACCAGAUGCUCGAGAACAAGCAGAUGCUGUACCAACUCCUCGAGCAGCCCCACGACUUCCUCAAGCACAUCAGGAGGUAUUCGAAUGCUUUGACAACAACCAUGGUCUUUGGUUGGAGGACGCCCACCUACGAAGAUGCCAACAUGAAGCAGCUCUUCGAAGGAUUUUCAGAGUUUGCAGAGAUCAACCAGACCGGUGCAGCCGGAUUGAUCGAUUUCUACCCCAUCUUGCGGAAAUUGCCCGACUUCCUUCUUCCGACGCAGAAGAAGGCGAAGAUGCUCCACAAACACGAGAAAGCCCUGUACCUGAAACAUUGGCUAAAUGCGAAAGCUGACAUCAAGAACGGGACCAUUAAGCCAUGCUUCUGCGUUGGCAUGGCAGAGGCUCAGAAGGCCGAAGGCUUCAGUGACGACCAAGCGGCUUACAUAUCUGGAACGCUUCUUGAAGCUGGUUCGGACACAACCUCGAGUACAUUAUACGGCUUCCUCCAAGCCAUGGUGUUAUAUCCAGAAGUGCAGAAGAAGGCGCAGGAGGAGAUCGACAAGGUUGUCGGCAACCGGCUGCCAACGAUGGAAGACGACUCGAAUCUACAAUACGUCCGGGCUUUGAUAAAAGAGUCACUUCGUUGGAUGCCAACCACCAUCUUGGGCGCGGUGCCACAUGCAGUAACCAAGGAUGACGAAUACAUGGGUUAUCUCAUUCCUAAGGGCGCCGGAGUCAUGAAUAACGUCUGGGCCAUUCAGAUGGAUCCUAAACGCCACCCCAAUCCCCGGCAGUUCGAACCCGAGCGAUACAUCCACGAUACGCAAAGUCUGUACGACUCGGCCGCUAAUGCGGAUGCCAGCAAACGAGACGUCUUCACUUUCGGAGCCGGGCGACGCAUCUGUCCCGGCAUGCAUGUAGCAGAACGUAGCUUGUUCCUUGGUAUAUCGCGGAUCUUGUGGGCGUUCAACAUCGAGCCGGCUGUGGAUAGGAAAGGGAAUAAAGUCCUGCCGGAUCAGGAGAAGCUCACUCAGGGCUUCGUAUGCAUGCCAGAAGAAUUCCAGGCGAAGAUAACGCCAAGGUCGCCUGAGCGGGAGAGGAUUGUGAGGCAAGAGUGGCACAGGGCCGAGAAUGAAUGCCUGGAUCCACGGACCAAACAGUGGUUGAGCCAUGCUCAGCCUUAG